AUGUAUACGAAUUCGGCCACAAUGGUGUUCGUUUUGGGCGUCAAUUUUGCAGAGGCCAAGUUGGUUAAGAAAGCACUCGAGUCUUUCUACGGCCUGGGCCCCCAACUUUCGGAACGCAUAAUGGCCAAAUACUCGAUACAUAAGCUUGCGAAAAUGGGCUCAUUGGCCCCGCGAACCAUUACAUCGCUGACUGCUGAACUGGGCCAGAUGCCCAUCGAGAGCGACGCGAGAAAAACCUUGCAGGACAACAUCAAGCGACUGAAAGAUAUGGGCACAUAUAGAGGCCGUCGUCACGCCAUGGGACUGCCCGUACGAGGCCAACGAACGAGAAACCAAACCGCGACGGCGAACAAGCUGAACCGCAUCAACCGAACCGGCUGA